CGUUUAUAGAUACAUUCGCUGAUUUAUUCUUGAAUUCCGUUUUUAUUUUUAUUUUUUCCCGAUUUGAUUCACACCGGAAUCGAGACUUUAUGAUGUCAGCUAACAUGUUUAUUCCCGUGAUGGUUUACCGGACAGUGUGAUGAUUUAACGGUGCUGUCUGUCAUUAAGUUCCCGAUAUCCAUAGGUGAAAGGAAGCUAAAAUCAGGAUCUUCUCCCGCGAGACUCGCUUUUUCUUGUCAAAAGCGCAGCAGCGUCUUCGAAGCGGAUCAGCGGCCAAUGAGCAGAGCUCACGGAAGAGCACGCGCUUUAAAGGCGUUUACAUCUGCUGCUCUCCGCAGAAUCAAAGCAAAGAUCACCAGCUCACAGGCACCUGCUCAUGUGCGCCAUUCUUCAUUAAGGGUCAUGAGGGGGACGCUGGUCGUCAUAUUUCAGGCUCUGCUGUGGCCUGUCUCAGCAUCAGCCCUGUUUACAGUCAGUUUACAGGAGAGCAACUAUGAAGCAAAGCUACAUGAGGACGUCAGACUAGAGUGUUUGUUCUCCUCGGUUGAAAGUCCUUCCAACCUCACUGUCAUAUGGAGCCGAGUCGAGCCGAAGCAGGCUGUGGAGGUGUAUCGGCUGGAGAGAGGCAAAGAGAAUCACUUAUACACCAGUGCCAUGUUCAUACAGCGCGCACAGCUCAUCCACGAACAGCUGAAGAAAAACCGAGCGGUGCUGCACUUGAAGAAGCUCCAGAUAAAAGAUUCAGGCACAUACCGGUGUAUCGUGAAAGUGAAAGAUGAUGGAGACUACAAGCAAGUCACGCUCAGUGUUACAGCUCCUUAUGCUCCCAUUAAGAAAGCCAUCAUGAAGACGGGUCAGGAUGAGGUCGAGCUCUCCUGUGAGUCUCAGGGAUUCCCGUCCGCUCAGGUUAUCUGGAGCGGUGGUCAGCAGCACACAAACCUCACGGAGAUGUCCAACAGCACGACACGAUCUACAGACGAAGAUCUCAUCCACAUCAUCAGCAAGCUGACGGUCAAACGAGACCUCGUGAACAACUACACCUGCUCUUUCCUCGUGAAGGGUGAAACCCAGCAGACGGCCACCUUCAGCAUCCCAGAUGAACUCCCUUCUCACUGUUCUACUCCAUAUGUGUGGAUUGUUGCCGUGGUUGUCGUGCUUUUAGCCAUCGUCUUCAUCUCCGUCAUUCUGCGUAAGAGAAAAAACGGUCAGAAAAACAGACUAAAUGAAUCAUCUAAAUGUGCUUUCCUCUUCCCACAUGCAUCCUCGGCCACCACUGAUUCUUUAUUGACAGUGAACGAGAACACGCUGCAAAUAUGUGACAUGAAUACAGAAGAAUCUACAGAAAAACCUCAAUCCCUGAGGAACGUGCUUAUACGACAGUAUUCACAGCUCUACACAAACGCUGAGAUGAAAAGCACACUUGUGUCAUAUGCACUUCUCAACAAAGAAGGCCGUUCUCUACACAUCAGCUCCAUUCUGCCUGAUAAGAAAGAAACCAUUCUUCUGCUUGGAGAACCAGGCAGUGGGAAAGCCAGCGUGGCCCAAAUCCUGUCGUCCUGCUGGGCUGAAAGUACAAUGACAGACCCCUUCAACAUCCGCCGGCUCCAUCUGGUUUUCCACGUGGACUGUAGCCGAGCGAAAGGAGACUUUUUCCAGGUGGUAAAGUCCAACAUUUCUCAUGAAAAACCACUAGAUGUGUCUGAGUUCAGAGAGACACUUCUGGGCACAACAGACUGUUUGCUCAUCCUGGAUGGAUAUCAAGAGGGAAACAAGGACCUGGAUGAAACACUCGAAUGGUUUCUAACAGAGCGGCAGACAUGCAGGGUGUUAGUGACGUCACAUCCAGGAAAAUGUCCAGCUCUGGAGAAAAACACCAGGACAGUAUUCCAACUUAUUCAGAAACCGGACGAGUCUGGAUCAUGAAAUCGGAUACAUUUCAUAUUUGCACAGACUAUGCUUUUGCAAUUUCAUGUUGCAGCAAUGUGCAAAUUCAGCAAUGCCAGAUAACGGAUCUGCCUUUUGUUUCUUUGGAAUUUUUAAGUUCUGACUUUUGGUAAACCGGGCUCAUCUGGCAGGAGACCAAAGCAUUUCACAAUACUUGAAUUCAGUUGUAUUUUUCAAAGACCAAGUACAGGAAAAGAGAAAUGAGAUCACAGUUCUUAAACCUUAUUUCUGCAAAAAACUGAAAAAAAAAGUGUGGAAACAAUUUGCAAAUCAGUAGUAAUUGUUUCAAAGAAACUGCUAGCAACACAUUGACUUGACUGUGAAAUUCUGAAACAGCAUUUUCUUGUAAAACGUUUUAUUUACAGAAUCAUGUGUACUUCUUAUCAGUCAAUGCAUGUGGUUUAACUGUUUCAGGAAUAACUCAGGUCAGAUGUGCAUGUCUUCAGCGAAACAUAGUUACAAACUAACCAGAACUACCGUUUUAUCUGACGGAUCAUUAACUCAGAAACUAAUCGUGCCAAAAGCAACUUCUCUUUUAUAUUUACUUCAAACUUUCUGUAACAACGAUGCACUUUUGUUUUGUUUAUUGAUGUCAAAUGAGAUUUAUUUUGAUUAAAAAAAAAAAAACUAAUGAAAGUGAAAACUUUUAGUUUGUUCAUUUUGGACUGUUUUAGAAGCGUUUGCACAUUCAAGCAGCUCAGUUUGACAUGUUUGAUGGAUGCACGAGCAUUGCACAAGUGUUUUCAUGUACAGAUAGAGUGGUUGUUUCACUUUCAUUUUGUUUUGACACUCAACAAGAUUAACUUCCAUUUCUGAGAAAACACACUCUGCCUUAACCGGCAGUGACACAAAAAAGGAAGUGAAGGUUUCCCGCAAAGGGAAGCCAAAAAAAAAAAAUAAUAAAAAAGUGUUAUCUGGA